AUGACCACCUUUGAUUUUUCAAAAGAUGUUACUCGUUGUAGAGAUAACCAUGUGUGGGGACUUUCGUUUGAUGAUGGACCUGCUCCAUUUACCGAUCACCUAUUAGCUGAACUGGAUAAACGCAGUGUCAAAGCCUCGUUCUUUGUUGUGGGUUCACGAGUACUGGAGCGUCCCGAUGUUCUUUUACGCACAUAUCAAGCUGGUCAUCAUAUCGGUAUCCAUACCUGGAGCCAUCCUUCGCUGUCCAAGAUCUCGGUCGAAAGUGUCAUUAGUGAGAUUAUGUAUACUGCCAGGAUUAUCAAGGAAACGAUCGGUGUCACACCAACUGCCGUACGUCCUCCAUAUGGGGAUGUGGAUAGUCGUGUCCGAACAAUUAUUCGUAACAUGGGUAUGAGUGUUGUCCUAUGGACUGUGGAUUCAGGUGAUAGCGGUGGCUCGACUACUGUUGCCGACACACUCAAAAAGGCUGCAGAGGUGACACCAAAGUCGGGACAUAUCUCCUUGGAACACGAUUUAUUCUCAAACCAAGCCGGUCAAGCCCCAGCUGCAAUGGAUGCGAUCAAGGCUGCCGGCUACAAGCUUGUGAGAAUUGAUGAUUGUCUGGGAGUUCCUGCUUACAAUGAGGGUCUGUGGUCUGGUCUUCCCCUGCCUGCCCAGGGUCCUGGAUCCAACACAACCACUACCGCCGACGGCAAGACCAACUCUACAAAGUCUGAAGGUGAACUGAAUGGCGGGUCGGCCAAAAACUCGACUACCGGAAUUGGAAAUUCGACAACAAACGGAAACGCAACGGCAAACGCAACAGCAACGGCAGCUGCCAAAGCCAACGAAGUUCCUAAUUCUGGUUAUGGCACACAAAUUUCUAUUGUUACGUUAUUUGUCACAUUUGUUACUAUUUUUGCAUUGGUUUAG